UAUAUUCCCUUUCUUCAGGUAAUGUGGGGCUGAAGAAGAGGGUGGAGGCACCCUGCAACCCAUUUCUCUUAUGAAGGAACGAGAAGCAAAGGAUUGAAAUUUCAGCAGGAGUUAUUUAAUUGGACCUAAAGAACUUUCUGGCCUAAGGGUUUAGGCACAGGAAGUCGGGAUUUAUUCCAGAAAAAUGUUACCCGACUAAGCAGGGUUUUUUUUCCAGAAAGAUCUUCCAGGGAGCUCUAAAACUCAGACAGGUUUUUCCGGGCAGAGGCCCCUGUUUUUCCGCAAGCUUCCACGGUUUUCUAGGACUUCUCCAGAGCCUACUAAAAGCCGAGGACUCUUUUCUCGGGGAGCUUAUUUGAACGCAGGGGACUGCACGGUAGUCCAAACUCCAGAAAGUGCCAUUUCAUCAUGCGAGGGGAAAUGACGAUCGAGCCUAGACUGUUAUCGCUCUGCAGUUACUUCGCAAUUCCUCUGGUAGAAGUUGGCCUUCCCCUCCCACCCCCGGCCGAACUACAACUCCCAGAGGUCCGCGUCCUUCUCGGCGCCCGUUGGCCAAAGCUUCGAGUCAAAGGUCACGGGAGGGAGGGACGUGCGGCUCCGAAGAGCAGCUGUUGCUGGUGUCAGAGCCGGUCGGGCCGGGAGAUGCAGGAGAGCUGCCGGAGGACCGGAGCUCGGAGGAUCGGAGCCCGCAGGAUCGGAGCCCGGGAUCUCUCCAAUCGUUCCGGAGCCUCGACACCCCCUCGACCGAGCUGCAGCCCCCCAACACCCUAGUCUCCGCUCCCGAGCCCCGCACACCUCCCGCGAAGCUCCGGGCUCGCUGCGGAGCGGGGCUGUGCGCCGCCGCCCGCCUCCCACCAUGAUCGUCGCCGAUCCCGACGGCUGCACCGACAGCCAGUCCUUCCUCCCCUGCGCCCAGUGCGGCGCCGCCGGGCCCGGGGAGGAGGUGGGAAGGGGCCCCUCCCGGCAGCUGUCCUGGGGGCCCAGUGUCUUCAUUCCCGCGGAGGAGGUCCUGCAAGGAGGAUCCGGCAGCUGUGAAGAGCCAGCCUUGGGGGCCGGGGCCGGGCCCGCCAACAUCGCCAUGGUCAUGGGGCUGCAUCCGCACUACCGGAGUAGCUUCUGGAAGAUGCAGGACCUGUUGCUGCGCAUGGAUGGGGCCCUGCCCUGCCACUGGAGGCAUUACAUCGCCAUCAUGGCCGCGGCCAGACACCGAUGCUCCUACCUGGUUGGCUUCCACACGGCUGAGUUCCUCCGUGUGGGAGGGGACCCGGCAUGGCUCCGAGGUGUCCACCGGGCCCCCGAGAAACUACGCGGGCUCAGCGAGGUCAACAAGCUGCUGGCCCACCGGCCCUGGCUGCUUACCUGCGGACACAUCGAGGCCCUGCUGAAGCCUGGGGAGCACAGCUGGUCACUGGCAGAGCUGACCCAGGCCCUGGUCCUGCUCACACACCACCACGCCCUCGCCUCCUUUGUCUUCGGCUGUGGCAUCCUGCCAGAACGUGACCUGGCCGGCACCCCGACUUCCCAGGACUCCCCAUCUCACAGCGGUCAGGACAGCCCACACAGCCGGGAUGAUUUGGACAGCGGCAGGGUGCAAGACUGUGACGCAGUCCAUGAGGUAGAGGCGCUGAUGGAGCGCAUGAAGCAGCUGCAGGAGGGCCGAGGGGUGAAGGAGAGGGUAGCCUCCCAAGAGGAGAUGGAGAACUCUUUCGAGCUGGAGAAGACCGAGAGCCUGUUGGUCAGCCCCUCAGCUGACCUGAUGCAACCCUCCUUGCCCCCGGACAUGCUGGGCUUUGUGGAAGACCCAAAAUUUGAAUACCAGGACUUCACUCGACGAGGGGAGCAGACUCCACCAACCUUCCGAGCUCAGGACUACAGCUGGGAGGAUCAUGGCUACUCCCUGAUCAGCCGGCUGAACCCGGAGGUGGGCCAGCUGCUGGAUGAGAAGUUCCAGGCUGUGUGCAGUCUGACCUACAACACCCUGGCCACGCACCGCGGCGUUGACACCUCCGUGCUUCGCAGGGCCAUCUGGAACUACAUCCACUGCGUCUUCGGCAUCAGGUAUGACGACUACGACUAUAGCGAGGUGAACCAGCUGCUGGAGCGGAGCCUCAAGCUGUACAUCAAGACGGUGGCCUGCUACCCUGAGAGGACAUCCAGAAGCAUGUACAGCCACUGCUGGACCCACUUUCGCCAUUCAGAGAAGGUCCACGUGAAUCUGCUGCUGCUGGAGGCCCGCAUGCAGGCCGCGCUGCUCUACGCCCUCCGCGCCAUCACACGCUACAUGACCUGACACGGACCCACCCGUCUCCCAGCUGAGUCCCAGGGGUCCGCUCUCUCCGUUUCCCAUUUUUCAGGAGCAGAGGAAAGAGUGGGCCCAGAGCCUGAGCCUGCUCUGGGCUGGGGGCUUGGAGCCUCUGAUGGACUUGGGGUUGGGGUGUGUGGGGUUAGGGGGCAGCUCCCUACUUCCUGACACUCCAGAGCUGGAGGCGCAGUGGGGAAGUGACCUUCUUGCCCUCUUACCCCCCUCCCACUUGCCACCCCAGGAGGGGAGACUUUUUCCUCAAUCCCUUUGGUUCCUGUCAUAGGUUUCUGCAUUUUUCAUGUCUGGCCCUCUAGUAUGGCUGCCACAGGGAUGGGCAGAGUUGAGGCAAGGAUUUCUUCACCCCCGCCCCCACCCUCCAUCUCCAUUCACAGCUCAGCAGGACUGGUAGCUGUUUCCCCCCACACACAUACACACCAACCUCCCACAAACACAGACAUGUCCCCUCACACCUUUCUCCCCCCAGUUCCAAACCCAUCACAAAAUCGACCCAUCUUCACCACGCUGCCUUCUGGGACCUGGAAAGAAGUGGCAGCAGCUCCAAGAGUAACCAGGCUCUCUGGAGCAACCUGGGUCCUUAACUCUUCCCAACCCCCAGGGUCCCAGUUUUCUCCCCCUCCCCUGGGUCUACCCAUGGCCCUGCCUCCAUUGCACUUUUAGGACUUAUAAACUGUGAAUUCUGAACCUCACCCCCUGCCCACCUUCUCCACCAUCGCUACCACCUGCUCGGCCAGGCCUGUGUCCCCUGCUGCUGGCCAGCGGCCCGCCCUUCGGGGCCUGGCGAGGGCUGGCUGAGAGCAGAACUGCUCUCUCUCCUUCUGUUCCCUGGGCAGAGGGGGCGGGCCAGCCAGAUGGCUGCCGAGGAACGGGGCCAGCAGGUGGGAAGCCAGACCCUGGGCUGGUAAUGGGGGCUAUCCGGGUGGGGAUUUUGGGGGCACAGCUUGAUCAGGCCACGCUGGUCGAGGCUGGAGACCAGUGAUGGUCACAGGCCCCCACUGCCAGACCAGGGCCGGGAUCUGACUCGGGCACUGAAAGCCCCAGGGAGACAAGCUGAGAAUUUUUGGGCCAGGAAGAAGGGACAUGGUGUUCCGUGCAGUAAGGGUGGGGUGGGGGUCCUGUCCAGGCCCCACCCCCUCUCCGGUGACAAAUAAACGUUCAGCAAUGUUUGUAAACCGAA